GUUUCAGCGAGCCGUCUUCAAUGAACUACGGCGCUGCGGACGAGCGAUGGGCUAAUCCACCGCAGCCGGUCGCCGCUGCGGAGCAUGGCCCCUCGUUUGACCAUUCUAUGGUCAGUGAGGAGUAUGAGCACGAUAAGAAGAAGAAUCCGGCUCAAAAAGAGGGAAUCUCGUUUUCUCAAGCCUUGCUGGCAUCCGGACACGAGAAAUCGGAUGGAAAGAUCAAGCUGACUGCCCGUUCGUUUAUGGAAGUUGGUGGAUACGCUGUGUUCUUGAUUGUGCUGGUUUAUGUUGCGUUCGCCCAAAACAGCAUCCAAUCUUACUACUACUCCAAAGUAAUGAGCGACCUGUUUGUGGCGAGCACCGGUGCCUCCGGAGCUCCAGCAUUUGGAUCUUGUACCUCAAUGGAUAAUAUUUGGGAUUGGCUGUCACAAGUCCUAAUACCUGGCAUAUAUUGGACGGAAACUUCCAAUUCGACGGAUAACGAGAAUAUGAUCUACUAUGAGAAUCGUUUGCUUGGGGAACCUCGGAUCAGAAUGUUGAAAGUGACAAAUGACUCGUGUACUGUGAUGAAAAGUUUCCAGCGGGAGAUUAAGGAAUGUUUUGCAAAUUAUGAGGAAAAGCUCGAGGAUAAGACGAUGGUCGGUGAUGGAAGUGUUGAUGCAUUCAUCUACGCCACGGCAAAAGAGCUUGAAAACCUGAAAACCGUGGGCACCAUUGCUUCAUAUGGAGGUGGUGGAUUUGUUCAACGCCUUCCAGUAGCUGGCUCAACUGAAGCUCAAUCUGCAAUUGCCACGUUAAAGGCUAAUCGCUGGAUCGACAGAGGAUCACGUGCAAUUAUUGUGGACUUUGCUCUGUACAAUGCGAAUAUUAAUCUGUUUUGUGUGGUGAAACUCCUAUUUGAGCUCCCUGCAUCUGGCGGUGUUAUCACAACUCCAAAGCUUAUGACUUACGAUCUUCUGACCUAUCAAACAUCUGGAGGCACCCGAAUGAUGAUUUUUGAAGGAAUCUUCUGUGGAUUCAUACUAUACUUCAUUUUCGAGGAGCUUUUUGCUAUCGGCCGUCACCGUCUCCACUAUCUCACCCAGUUCUGGAAUUUGGUAGACGUUGUGCUGCUAGGAUUUUCAGUAGCCACAAUAAUUCUGUCAGUGAAUCGCACAAAAACCGGAGUAAAUCGUGUCAACUCUGUCAUUGAGAACGGAUUGACAAAUGCACCAUUCGAUGACGUCACUUCUUCCGAGAACUCUUAUCUGAACAUCAAAGCAUGUGUGGUAUUUGUUGCUUGGGUGAAAGUGUUCAAGUUCAUCUCAGUUAACAAGACCAUGUCACAGUUGUCCUCUACGUUGACCAGAUCUGCAAAGGAUAUUGGAGGAUUUGCAGUGAUGUUCGCUGUUUUCUUUUUUGCAUUCGCACAGUUUGGAUAUUUGUGCUUUGGGACACAGAUCGCCGACUACUCCAACCUCUACAACUCUGCGUUCGCCCUGCUCCGUCUCAUUCUCGGUGACUUUAACUUCUCGGCUCUAGAAUCCUGCAAUCGAUUCUUCGGACCCGCCUUCUUCAUUGCCUACGUCUUCUUCGUCUCGUUCAUCCUAUUGAACAUGUUCUUGGCUAUCAUCAAUGAUUCCUACGUUGAAGUGAAAGCAGAGCUGGCUAGAAAGAAAGAUGGAGAGGGGAUUUUGGAUUGGUUUAUGAAUAAAGUUCGAGGACUCACAAAACGUGGAAAACGCCCGGAUGCCCCUGGAGAGGAUGCCACGUAUGAAGACUACAAACUGAUGCUCUACCGUGCCGGAUACGCUGAAAAAGACAUCAAUGAAGCAUUCACUCGAUUCAAUGUAACAUCAAUGACUGAGCAUGUUCCGGAGAAAGUGGCUGAAGAUAUUGCUGAUGAGGUGGCUAGAAUGACGGAACAGAAAAGAAAUUAUAUGGAGAAUCACAGGGAUUACGCAAAUUUGAACCGCCGUGUAGAUCAAAUGCAAGAAUCAGUGUUCAGCAUUGUGGAUCGGAUUGAAGGAGUCAAUGCAACACUCCAGACAAUCGAAAAACAAAGAGUUCAACAACAAGAUGGAGGAAAUUUGAUGGAUUUGAGUGCCCUCCUCACCAACCAAGUCCGUAACCGUGAAUCUGCCGCUCGUCGUCCAACAAUCACCUCGAUUGCUGACAAAAAAGAAGAAUGAUUCCAAAUUAGUUUUUUUGGUGCAUUUUGACCGGGGAAUUUUUUCCGAAAAUAGGUUUUCAAAACUAAUUUUACCAUUCAAAAAUUACCUUGUUUCUGUGACCUCAAUAAAGCUAAUUUCCUGUUAAA